UUGAACCACGAGCAAAUACGUGGCGAGUUGUUCUUCCGUGAGUAUCUGCUGCUAACAUUUAUUUCCGUACCCCACUUACCAACACUUGCCUAUUCCACGUGGUAAGUGACUCGCGAUAGCCGCCGUACAGCUGUAAGAAUACGCUGAUCCGUGGUGCUCUUCUUUUCUCCUUUUGAAUUAAAACGGAGACGAAAAAUUUGUGAAAAUGGUGCUGGACUUGGAUCUGUUCCGUGAGGAUAAAGGUUCGAACGUGGAGAAGGUGCGCGAGAACCAACGCAAGAGAUUUAAGGAUGUCGGCCUUGUGGAGACCGUCAUCAGCAAGGAUAAACUCUGGAGGCAGCUGCGACACCGCGCUGACAAUCUUAACAAGCUGAAGAACCUCUGUAGCAAGGUGAUUGGCGAGAAAAUGAAAAAGAAAGAAGCUGUCGGCGAUGACGACGUUGUGCCUCAAUCCAUCAUCGAUGAUCUCGAUGUUCAGGUUACUUCAGAUAACCUCAAAGCACUCACUGUCACCAAGAUCAAGAGAAUUCGUACUCUCAUCGACGAAGCCAUCGCUUCCAAUGCCGAAGAACUCGUUAAGACUGAAACGGACAGAAAUAAUGCCCUCAGGGAAGUUGGCAAUCAUUUACAUGAGUCAGUACCUGUCAGCAAUGAUGAGGAGGAAAACAAGGUAGAAAGGACAUUUGGUGAUUGUACUAUCAGAAAAAAGUAUUCGCAUGUGGAUCUCAUUCACAUGAUAGAUGGUAUGGAUGGAGAUCGAGGGUCAGCAGUUUCUGGUGGACGAGGAUACUUUUUAACUGGUCCUGCUGUCUUCUUACAGCAUGCGUUGAUACAAUUAGCUCUUAGGAGAUUGUUUGACAAUGGCUACAAACCUCUUUAUACUCCAUUUUUCAUGAGAAAAGAUGCAAUGCAGGAAGUUGCACAGCUAUCUCAAUUUGAUGAGGAAUUAUACAAAGUUCUUGGCAAAGGCAGUGAAAAAGGAGAUGAAAAAGAAUUGGAAGAGAAAUACCUUAUUGCCACAUCUGAACAACCAAUUGCAGCAUAUCAUAGAGGAGAGUGGAUUUCUGAAUCUGCUUUGCCAAUUAGAUAUGCUGGUUAUUCUACUUGUUUUAGACAAGAAGUAGGGUCUCAUGGACGCGAUACUAGAGGAAUUUUCAGAGUACAUCAGUUUGAAAAAAUAGAGCAAUUCUGCCUUACAUCACCUCAUGAUAAUAAGUCAUGGGAAAUGAUGGAAGAAAUGAUUAGAAAUGCAGAAAACUUUUACAAAGAAUUGAACAUACCUUAUAGAAUUGUAAAUAUUGUAUCUGGAGCAUUGAAUCAUGCAGCUUCAAAAAAACUUGAUUUGGAAGCCUGGUUUCCAGGUUCUGGUGCAUUCCGUGAACUAGUAUCGUGCAGCAAUUGCUUGGACUAUCAAGCUAGAAGAUUAUUAGUCAGGUAUGGACAAACAAAAAAAAUGAAUGCUGCUGUUGAUUAUAUCCAUAUGUUAAAUGCCACCAUGUGUGCUGUUACAAGAGUUAUUUGUGCAGUUUUGGAAGUUAAUCAAACAGAAACUGGUAUCAUUGUACCUGAAGCUAUACAACAAUUUAUGCCUCCUCAAUAUCAAAAGGAGAUACCAUUUGUUAAACCAGCACCCAUUGAAGAAGUUGAAAUGAAAAAACAGAAGAAACAAACAAAAAAUGAAUAAAUAAAUAAAAAUAUUUUGCUACAAUUUUACAAGAUGCAUUUUGAAUUUCUAAGUUAUGAAUUGUAAUUAAUUUAUUAUUUCCAAUAAUUGUAAGCUUUGUAUUUUACUAAACGGAAUAAUACUAGUAAAGU